AUGGCUCAAGCAAUCUUGGUUGGGUUGUGGAACCCCAUUGCCGGGGAGACACUGCACGCAUGGCUGUUGUAUGCCCUGGAUGGGUUGUCGGGCCCCAGUGCCGGCGAGACACUGCACGCAUGGCUGUUGUCUGCGCCAGUCUUACAUGGCACAGUUAUAUAUGACUUGAUGUGUUGCAGGAUGGGUUGUGGGGGCCCCAGUGCCGGGGAGACACUGCGCGCAUGGCUGUUGAUGGGUUGUGGGGGCCCCAGUGCCGGGGAGACACUGCGCGCAUGGCUGUUGUCUGCGCUGGUCGUACAUGGCGCAGUUGCAGGCAAUCCUGACGCCAAGCGGCUCUAUGAUGACCUUCUCUCCAACUACAACAAGCUAGUUAGGCCUGUGGUGAACACGACAGACGUCUUGCGCGUCUGCAUCAAGCUCAAAUUAUCUCAGCUCAUUGAUGUGAAUCUCAAGAACCAAAUAAUGACCACGAACCUGUGGGUUGAACAGUCGUGGUACGACUAUAAGCUGCGUUGGGAACCCAAAGAAUACGGGGGAGUCCAGAUGCUUCAUGUGCCUUCAGAUCACAUCUGGCGCCCUGACAUAGUGCUUUACAACAACGCGGACGGCAACUUUGAAGUAACCCUUGCUACCAAGGCGACAAUAUACUACCAAGGCCUUGUGGAAUGGAAGCCACCCGCCAUUUACAAAUCGUCUUGUGAGAUUGACGUAGAGUAUUUUCCAUUUGAUGAACAGACAUGUGUUCUCAAAUUUGGUAGCUGGACGUACGACGGUUUCAAGGUAGACCUGCGACAUAUGGAUGAAAAACAGGGCUCCAACAUAGUGGAGGUCGGAGUUGACCUGUCGGAGUUUUACAUGUCUGUGGAGUGGGACAUACUGGAGGUUCCAGCAGUGAGGAACGAGAGGUUUUACACAUGCUGUGAUGAACCAUACCUCGACAUCACCUUCAACAUCACCAUGCGAAGGAAAACUCUAUUCUACACUGUAAACAUCAUCAUCCCUUGCAUGGGAAUCUCAUUUCUCACAGUGCUAACUUUCUAUCUGCCCUCCGACAGUGGUGAGAAGGUUACACUCUCAAUUUCAAUUCUUAUUAGUCUUCACGUGUUCUUCCUGCUAGUAGUGGAGAUCAUUCCCCCGACAUCGCUGGUCGUCCCCCUUUUAGGAAAAUACCUCAUAUUUGCCAUGAUACUUGUAUCUAUAAGUAUAUGUGUAACUGUAGUAGUUCUCAACGUCCACUUCAGAUCGCCCCAGACGCACAGAAUGGCGCCUUGGGUAAAACGAGUGUUCAUACACAUUCUUCCACGCCUACUGGUCAUGCGCAGACCUCAAUACCAGUUCGAGCCUAACAAGUUCAACUCAGGUCAAGUACUGAUGGCCAGUAGGGUUAGGGGUGGUAAGGAGCUGCAGGGAGGAUUUUACCCUUACCACACCACAACUGUAGGUACCAGCGACGACGAGACCUCCAGGACAAAACACGCAGAGACUCCAAGGUCGAGAGCAACCUCCAAGGAGGACCUCUCCCCAGGGACUCUCAUAGACGGAGGUCCUUUUGGCGGAAGUUGUCAGAUCCACGGUCCCGCCAGCCACGCCACGGUGGGCUCUCUUCUCAGCGGGGAGAGUGAAGAGGUGACGUUGUCCGCGCUCACGGACGAGUGCAAGAGUCCUGUAAUUCUUCGGAACCCCGCGUUUUCUCACACGUCCUGUCCCCCAGCCAUGCACAAAUCAUGCUUCUGCGUCCGCUUCAUCGCAGAGCACACGAAGAUGCAGGAGGACUCGACCAAGGUGAAGGAAGACUGGAAGUACGUAGCCAUGGUCCUAGACCGUCUGUUCCUAUGGAUCUUCACCCUCGCAGUCCUUGUAGGCACGGCAGGUAUCAUCCUCCAAGCUCCUACACUCUACGAUGAUCGGAUACCUAUCGACAAGAAGUUCUCAGAAUUCGCAGCGGCAACGGUGGUGCGUUGUCCACCUCCCCAGUAGUCGCAUUACCUCUUUCUAAAACCAUCUUUUACGGCCUUCUUAUAUUUUAGCAAAUUAUCAUUAUAUUUACCUGUUAUCAUUAUUUUAGGUAAUUCUGAAAUUCUGGAGUUGUUUUACUGAUAUGUAAUCUAUAAUAAGGGGUUGUGUAACCUUUUGGAUUGCUAAAUGAUUCGUUUGAAGUUAAACUACCACGGUUUCGAAGAUCUUGGAUUAAUUUCCAAGUUUACAUAGACACUAAGCGUGUUCAAUCCUCUUCAAACGCACAAAAACAUUAAAAAAACUUGGAAUUCGCAUGCAUGGAGCCGGCGGACAGUAAUAUGGCCACACAUCUGCCUACUCUACGCACGCGUUGUCCAGAACGUUUUUAAUUAUGGCCACGCUGUUUUCCCAUCUAAAAACCUUUUUUAACGUUCAAAACCACUGUAGUUUAUCUACUUUGAACGAAUCAUUUGGUAAUACACGAGGUAGUGUAACCUAUUUAUCAUAGGAGUCAGAAGAUAUACCACAUAAUAAUAAAUGAUCCAAUAGGAAAGGAUUUGAAGGUAUACAAUUCUAAGAUUAUUUCCCUCUGGUCGAAAAAUCAUUUGGAUUUUUCUCUCUUAACUUACUAUUGUUUAUGAACCACAAAAGGAGGAAAAUGUACCACAAGCAAAAUUUUUAGGUGUACCACGCUGUAACUCCUAAACGUAUAGCUUUAUAGAAAUAAUGUUAAGAAUAAAAACGAUUUUUAGUUGCAUUUAAAUUCUAAAACAAUUAUAAAAUACAGGGUGUUCCAUAAGAAAUAACAAAGUUUUUGGCCAUAUUGCAAAAUGGUGGACAUAUUUGUAAAAUUUGAAACCAUCCCAAAAAUCAUAUUUUAAAAAAGGGAGUACCCUAUAAAAAGUUAACUCACAAGUAUCAAAAAUACUAUUGCAAUGUAAAAUAUCUCAAUAAACGAAUAGGUAAAUUGG